UGUCUCUGUCUCUCUCUCUCACUCUGUGUGUGUGUGUGUGUGUGUUUUCAAUCGGCCACUGAGACGACGGGCGCACGUGUGGGGGCGACGGGAACAAGACCGGGAGAGCGUUAGUACAGGGCAACGAGAGGAUGGCAGGCUUGUGGGUGAGGUCAGCUCUGAGGGUGGGCGGGGUGCUCACGCGGCCUUGGCCCGUGCCUUCGCUGGCACUCGGCGCAACGGCGGCACGACCCGCCGCAAUGUGCGCGGCGACGCAUGCACCUCGUGUGGCAAUUGGUACACGGGCAUUGAGCACGAGCCGCAUUGCGUGCGCUGGUCGUGGUACCUGGGGUCAGAUGCGCACCGCCGCUUCAAACAUGGUUCAGCGUGUGCGCACCGGUACCUAUGUGCUGGUGGGCGCGGGCGUCCUUGGCGGCAUGGGCUACAUGGCCUAUCGGAUCAGCAUCUUCAUGUCCUCGCUCAGCUUCCAGGACGUAACUAGCUUUGGGUUUUACUUGGGCGGCGUGGCGUCCUCACUCAUUGUCCUUGCAGUGGCGGCAGCAGCACGGCGCUUCCGAGGUUUGCACCCUGAUCGCGUGUUUCAAGAGUCUUUGCGCCAAAUAUCUCGCUCCCCGGCCUGCAAGCAAGCCCUGGGUCAUAACAUCCAGCCAGGCAAGUUCAAGGCAUAUAGCCCCGAGGGAGGGCUCAUUUUCAAGGCGAACACCGUCCCGCCCAAGAUGGUCUAUGAACCCUAUGGACUGCAGUUGAUGUACCAAGUUGGAGGCGAUCGUCUGCAAGGCAUUUGCAGCGUGCACGCCACUUCAACUGGUGCAGGUUCCUUCAAGCUCAAGUCUCUGGCUGUCGAUAUGAUGGACGGCCAAAGUUACGUUUGUGACCUUUGUGUGUGUGUGUGUGUGUGUGUGUGUGUGUGUGUGUGUGUGUGUGUGUGUGUGUGUGUGUGUGUGUGUGUGUCACUGGAGGGGAAGCAGCAGCAUCAGCAGCAGCAGCAGCAGCAGCAGCAGCAGCAGCAGCAGCAGCAGCAGGACGCGAUUCACGGCGUUGGUGGCUGUGGCAGUGCCGUAGACGAGCUGGGAAGCGUGCACAGCAGCACGACGAUGGCUGCGCAUCACUCAGAGCUCAGCCAAGCCCUGCUGGAGACUAUUCCGGGCACCAACAAGACCGUCAACAGUCUUCUUGGCAAGCCCAAAGUCUACUUUUCUUCGCGGGAAGGUCGCUGUCAAGAGCCACUGGGCUCCAACAUCAGCGUGCCCGCGACGCCUUUCGUAGUGCAAGAGCGGCGGCAGACGAGUCAUGACUGGCCGUAUCGUUCCCCAUCCGCAGCUGCCCAGAAAACUGGGCCGUACUACCCAGACACAGCCCAAGGCUCACCGCCUAGCCCACCCCGGACAAGCAGCUGCGCUUCAUCUAGCAAUAGCGUCACAUCUGAUAGCUCACAAAGCUCCCAUGAUGAUCCCACUGACGAGUUCGAGCAACUGACAGUUGAGCCCUCCCAAGCUUUACAGGAUGAUGCCGCUGACGACUUGGAGCCGAAACUCGAUCUCACGGAGUCUUUUCCGAGCCCAUGCACGACGCCAUCCACUCGUAACUGCAUCAGCCGCUCUUCACUCGCCGAAACGGUCAUCGACUUUAUGCUGCUGGACCCCAUGCACACCCUCAAAUGGUCUGGCAAGUCGACUACCCCGCGCCGCUUUUGCGCCCGCUUGUGCCGAGCAGAGAAGCUGUUCUUGGCCGGCCAGCGCGAGGCAGCUCAGGCCCUGGCUGCCGAAGUGAGCGAAUAUUUUUUGAUGCAACACAGCAUGUGGGCUCGGAUGGGCUCUAGCCAUGUCUUUUGCUCCGGCGAUUAUGACUUUACCAGCAUCAUGCUCGGCUACAUCCUCGUGCGCUAUGGGUUGCCCUCUGAAUCUUGCGAGGCCCUGUUGCCUCCAGACGUCGGGCGUCACAUCUGCGAAAAGCUUUUGCCCAAGCCUGCCACAGAACCGCGCUUCCGCAUUCCCAAGCUACCCACGCAUAGCAUUGACACGGAGAACCACAUUCUGAUGGUCAACGGCACCCACUUGUUGCAUCACCUCUACAGAGCGCACACUGGCCAGCCGUGCCCCGACUACACGCCUCUUCUUGCAGGACUGCGGCACCACCUGCUUGAAGUCCGCGACUGUGGCUUGUGGGAGUUCAACGCCCGGCCAUAUUCCGUGUUUUACUUUAUGACCCUGUUGGCUUUGGAGGAAACGGCAGGCGGUGACAUUGGUCAACUGGCACACGAGUGCUUGGACCAACUUACGUUUGCUUUUGCCUUGGGUGCCUCUCGACUUCGCCGCUGCGACCCUUUUCGCCGAAGAACCGAGCGCGCUGGCAACCGCUCGUUGUUUGAUCACCCCAUAUCCAUGCUUAUGCUUAUUUGGCUCGAGCGCCACGGUAUUGUGAACAAGGAACGCAUUCUCAAAUUGGUUGGCAGCAACUUCAGCGAAGAAUAUGCCAUAUAUGCAGCCAUUUUCCGAUACACGCCGUCCUUUGAAGUGUGCCAGCUCGCAUGGCAGCUCAGCGAAGCUUGGUCGGCCUCCGCCCAGCCGGAAAGCCAAAGCCCCUCUUACUUUGCACGCCUGGGCCAUGGACCCCACUCUUGUCCUGAGAUUUAUUCACGCACCACUGGUCAGUUUUCAAGAGCUGUGAUUUCACUGUUCUGUCCACAGGGGACAAAGCCUGUUAACACUAAUACCAUGCGCUACAUCGGCCUGGUUCCCACACACAGAGUGGCUGCUCUCGGCAGGCGGCAGCUGUGUACACAAGCACAUUGUAACUCAGCCAAUCGCUCUGUUGCUGGAGUGUGGUCGGCAAACGAGCAAACUGCAUUGUCUGCAAAUCAGCAACGAUUUUGGUAA